AUGGGACCGCGGUUUUGGCUUUUUGUGGUUGCUGUUUUGAACGUUUUAUGCAGUCGAGUUUUUGCACAGAUCAGAUAUUCAAUAUCUGAAGAGCUUGGAGAUGGAACUGUCGUUGGGAAUAUAGCAAAGGAUUUGGGACUGGAUAAGAGUGCUCUGAAAGAGAGAGGAUAUCGCGUCGUAGCAGGUUCCGGCGAUCCCCUGUUUGAGGUGAAUCAAAACGAUGGUAUCCUGUAUUUGAAGAGGAAUAUAGACAGAGAGGAAGUGUGCGAACAGAUAAAUCCGUGUUUGAUCAACUUGAAAACCGUUCUAGAAAACCCACUAGAAAUACAUUAUGUGUCUGUAGAAAUAGUAGACAUAAAUGAUCAUUCGCCCGUAUUUCCAGAGAAAGAGAAAAGGCUUGAAAUUUCCGAGUCGGCUCUACCAGGAGCAAGGUUUCAGUUACAGGCUGCGCGAGACCCUGAUGUCGGCCAGUUCUCCAUUCAGCAAUAUAGACUCAGCCAUAACCAAUAUUUCAGGGUAGAAGUCAAAGAUAGAGGCGAAGACCGUAAGGUUCCAUUUUUAGUUCUGCUAAAACAGUUAGAUAGAGAAACAGCUGCGAAGCACAGACUGCGUCUUACAGCUGUAGAUGGGGGGAAACCUGCGAAAUCAGGGGACAUAGAAAUAAUUGUAGAUGUGCUUGAUAUUAAUGAUAAUUCCCCACUUUUCACCAACGAAUUAUAUUCCACCACAGUCAAAGAAAACGUUCCAGUUGGUACAGUAGUAAUCCAGGUAAAUGCAACAGAUUUGGACGCCGGCCAAAAUGGUGAAAUUGUAUAUGCAUUUGGAAACGAAGUCGAUUUAAGAAUAAAGGAGCUUUUCAGUAUAGAUGAAAACACUGGUGAAGUUACAAUAAGAGGUCCGAUAGAUUUCGAGAAAAGUAAAAGUUUUGAAAUUGACAUACAGGCAUCUGAUAAAGGACCAGCUCCUCUAACCAGUGACAGAAGUGUAAUUAUAAAUAUUCUUGAUGUUAAUGACAAUUCACCUGAGAUAGAAGUGACGUCAUUUUCUACCUCUAUAAAGGAGGACUCAAAGAUUGGAACUACGGUUGCCCUUAUUAGUGUUAGAGAUUUAGACUCUGGAAUGAACGGCAAAGUCAUUUGCUCAAUCAAACAAGAUGUUCCUUUUACUUUAUCUCCGUCAUUACAAGAAAACAUGUACGCUGUUGUAAGCAAGUCGCAGCUGGACAGGGAAACAAUUCCUCAAUAUGACGUCACUAUUAUCGCAAAAGACACAGGCGAUCCCUCGUUUUCAACUGAAAAGACCAUAAGUGUUGUCGUAUCAGAUGUAAAUGACAACUUGCCGGAGUUUUCAUCAAGCCCCUACACUUUCUAUGUCACUGAAAAUAACAGCCCUGGAGAAUUUAUAUUUUCAGUAAAAGCUUAUGAUCGUGACGAUAGUGAUAAUGCUCUCAUUUCAUACCAUAUUUUGAGAAAUGCAAAUGGAGAUAAUAAGUUGUCCUCAUUUCUUAACAUAAAUACGGAAACAGGAGACAUCGUGGCGCUGAAAAGUUUCGACUUUGAAACUCUGAAAACUUUCCAGUUCCAAGUUGUUGCCACAGAUUCUGGAUCUCCGUCACUCAGCAGCAACGUCACAGUGAACGUGUUCAUUCUGGACCAGAACGAUAACGCUCCAGUCAUCCUGUAUCCAGUCAGCUCCAACGGUUCUGCUGAAGGUGUGGAGGAGAUUCCCCGCAACGUGAACGCAGGACACUUGGUGACUAAAGUCAGAGCCUAUGACGCUGAUAUAGGAUAUAACGGCUGGUUGCUGUUUUCACUGCAGAAAGUUAAGGACCACAGUCUGUUUGGUUUGGACCGCUACACAGGACAGAUCAGAACACUCCGCUCAUUCACAGAGACAGACGAGGCUGAACAUAAACUGGUCAUACUGGUCAAAGACAAUGGGAACGUUUCUCUCUCAGCAACAGUUACUGUGAUUGUCAAACUUGUGGAGCCAAAAGAAGCUUUUGCAGCUUCUGAUGUUAAAAGUCCAGCGAAAGAUGAUGAAGAUAAUAACGUGACUUUUUACCUGAUGAUCACUUUGGGAUCAGUUUCAGUUCUUUUUCUCAUCAGUAUCAUCGUGCUGAUUGCAAUGCAAUGCUCGAAAUCUACAGACUACACGUCUAAAUAUUUACAAGAGACUAACUAUGAUGGAACACUGUGUCACAGCAUCCAGUACAGAUCUGGAGACAAACGAUACAUGUUAGUUGGACCCAGAAUGAGCAUUGGAUCUACUAUAGUUCCUGGCAGCCACGCAAACACGCUAGUGCUACCUGACAGGAGACAUGCGUCUGGAGAGGUAAGGAUAGUCUUGCAGUAA